UUGCAAUGGUGUUAGCUCUCAGGCAGAGAUGUCUACAACUUCUAGGUAAUAUUUCCUUCUAUAAUAAAUGGCAGAUGAAGUUUUUGGUACAUUAAAAUUGACCAGCAAACAUUGGGUAUAAAGAAUCUGAUUGUGAAAAAAAAAAAAAGUUCUUUUAGUGACUUCAAUAAAAUAUAUAUGUCGGCAUGGUAUAUCCCAUGGUUGACUGCAUGAACAAAUGACAGUAAGAAACCCUCAUGCAGCUAAGAGCAAAGCUUGGUAAACCAGCUACUAAGUACUACUAUUUGAUUUCCCGGAGAGCAUUAUGCGUGCUAACCAAUGCAACCAAAAUAGCAUCUCUUUUACCACAUAAACAAAUUAGAUACUCAGCCAGAAAAGUCAACAACCAUUCCCCCACGCACUUCAGAUGAAAGGGCAAUAAAUAAGCCCUCUUGUCACAUGAAGGGUGCUAGAUCCUUUUUCCACCAUUUUUAAUAUUCUCCUCCUCUUUCUUUCUCUCUCUCUCUUCAUACUAAAGCUGUUUUUGCUUCAUCCCAGCUAUUAGCUAAAAAGAUUAACCAAUUCCAAUAAAUGAACCAAAGCCCAUUUACUUCCCAAAGUCUUACAGCGGAAGAAUACAUUAAGUUGGAAGAUGUCAUAAACACAUACCACAAAGUGGAUUUACCUCCGAACAAAUGCACAUCUUUAAUAAUCCAGCGCAUAAACGCCUCAGCAAAUGUUGUAUGGCGAUAUGUCCGAGCCUUUGAUAACCCACAAACUUACAAGCAUUUAAUCAGGAGUUGCACGAUGAGGGGUGAUGGAGGGGUAGGUAGUGUGAGGGAUGUAACAGUCAUCUCAGGAAUUCCUGCAGAGAGGAGCACUGAAAGAUUAGAGAUGCUUGAUGAUCAGAGACGCAUAUUAAGCUUCAAGGUUUUAAGAGGUGAACACAGGCUUAUGAAUUACUGCUCUGUUACAUCGGUGAAUGAAAUCAGUCAUAUGGGGAAGCUUUACACUAUUGUUUUAGAGUCCUACACCGUAGACAUACCAGAGGGGAAUACAGCAGAGGACACAAAUAUGUUUGCUGAUACUGUAGUGAAAUUAAACCUCCAAAAACUAACUGAGAUAUCGGAGAUGAACGCCUCUUAAAUGCAGAAGAUCGAGGGGUGUCAAGAAUGCAAAUCUGUUCAUUGGCUUCGUCUUAAACAGAUCGAAUAGUGGAAUUUGACUAUUCGCUGGAAUUUGACUAUUCACAUAACUUUCUCUUGUUAGUGGGGAUGCUGUUACAUGUUGUAAGUUGAAUUUCUUCCAUACAAUUACAAAAACUUGAUUUUGCAAAGUAUGUUGGGACGCUAUAUCAUCUACUGAUCCCGAUUACUCUAUUUUGUAUUAACAUAACAAUUUUGUAUUUAGAACUCAAGAACUCCUAAAUAUCACAAUUUAAAAGUCUAUGAUUUAUACCUUA